AUAAGAUUGGGCUCUAGGCGCCGCUGUUGACCAGUCAGGGAAUGGGAGGGCAAAGCUGUUGAGUUCUCCUGAAUCUCUACCACACAAAGCCGAAAGGGAUGGAUACUCACGCAUCCUAAUUCUGGAAAUAAAGACACCUCCGCUCGCUUUGGAAUAUAUUUUGGAUGCGGACGACCUGGAGCCUCGUAGACACAAAAGCUAAUUCAGAAAAAAAAAACUGGCGCAAGAACCCACGAACUGCACUCACACGGAGCCAUGGCGAAUCAGCCUCAGAGCCUGGACCGCAGAGCGCUGGUCCCGCUGUGCAUCUUCCUGGGGACCUUGCUGACGUUUGGGACCGGGCAGAUCCGAUACUCGGUGCCAGAAGAGACAGAUAAAGGCUUCUUCGUGGGCAACAUCUCCAAAGACCUGGGGCUGGAGCCCUGGGAAGUCGCGGAACGCGGAGUCCGCAUCGUCUCCAGAGGCGAAAUGCAGCUUUUCGCUCUGAAUCCGCGAGGUGGCAGCUUGGUCACUGCAGGUAGGAUCGACCGCGAGGAGUUGUGUGAUACCUUGCCCUCCUGCUUGCUAAAUUUGGAGAUUCUCGUAGAGGACACCCUGAAGAUUUACGGAGUGGAGGUGGAAAUAAUGGACAUUAAUGAUAACGCCCCCAGCUUCCAGGAAGAGGAGGUGGAGAUCAAAGUCAGCGAGCAUACUAGUCCUGGAUCGCGAUUUCCUCUUCCUAGCGCUAGGGAUCCAGAUGCCGGGAUGAACUCCCUCCAGAGCUACCAGCUCAGCCCUAGUAGUUACUUCUCCUUGGUGGUGAGAGGCGGAACUGAUGGAGACAAGAAUCCAGAGCUAGUGCUGGAGGAAGGCCUGGAUCGGGAGAAAGAGACGUCUCACCACCUCCUCCUCACAGCCUUAGAUGGAGGAGAUCCCAUCCGCAAGGGCACAGUUCCCAUUCGCGUGGUGGUCCUCGAUGUCAAUGACCACAUCCCAAAGUUUACACAGUCGGUGUAUAGAGUGAGUAUUCCUGAAAACCUCAGCUCUGGAACUCGGGUGCUCAUGGUGAACGCCACAGACCCAGACGAGGGUAUAAACGGGGAAGUGGUGUACUCAUUCCGGAAAAAGAAAAGCAAAGCUUCUGAAAUAUUUCAGUUGAAUUCUCAAACUGGAGAAGUUCUAGUUGGAAAGCCUCUGGAUUUUGAAAAAUACAGAUUCUAUGAGAUGGAAAUUCAAGGCCAAGAUGGUGGAGGACUGUUGAGCACCACCACGCUGAUGAUCACAGUUACGGAUGUGAACGAUAAUACUCCAGAGAUAACUAUCACCUCUUCCAUUAACUCAGUGCCGGAAAAUUCUCCUUCAGGUACAGUAAUUGCUCUCUUAAACGUUCAAGAUCAAGAUUCUGGAGAAAAUGGUCAAGUCACUUGCUUCAUUCCUAAUGGUCUUCCUUUUAAGUUAGAAAAGACGUAUGGAAACUAUUAUAAAUUGAUAACAAAUAGUGAACUGGACCGGGAGCAAGUGGAGAGCUACAAUAUUACAUUAACCGCCAAAGAUGAGGGAAGUCCACCCUUGUCUACAGAAACUCACCUCCUGCUCAAAGUGGCAGAUGCCAACGACAACCCUCCGGUUUUCACUCACCCCGCUUACUCUGCCUACAUUCCUGAAAACAACCCCAGAGGCUCUUCCAUCUUCUCAGUGACCGCAAUUGAUAGAGACAGCCGAGAAAAUGCCCAGGUCACUUAUUCUCUGGCUGAGGACACCAUCCAGGGGACACCUCUAUCCUCUUUCGUUUCCAUCAACUCAGAUACCGGUGUGCUGUAUGCCCUGCAGUCCUUCGACUAUGAGCAGUUCCAAAUCCCUACAGCUGGGAGUGACUGCUAGUGACAAUGGGGACCCACCACUAAGCAGCAAUAUUUCGUUGACUUUGUACGUGCUGGACCAGAACGA